AGGUCCACAGCAGCCAGUGCUGAGGGAGCUGAGCAGGAAAAGUGACAGCUCCUUUUGUCUUGUCUCCCUUUCCAGAAUCAAGAAUGGUAAAUUCAGGUAACUUGGGCUUAGUGAGGAAGGAAAUAUUGCAGUGCUUCUUGUCAAGAAUUUUAAAUGAUAUUUUAAAAAGCACAUUUGAAACAUUUAUUACAGCAUUUUUGGGUUUAUGAGGGUUUUUUAAGAUUUGAGUUGUUCAGAACAGGGGCAGAAGUGCUUCCUCGGGAGUUUUACAGCAAAACUAAAUUCCCCAGUAGGAUGUGGGUAGACACAGCUCCUCUCCUUUAAGAAAAUAAACUCAUAAACAGGCCACCUGAUAAAUCUGUGUAUUUAUUUUUGAGGGGGGUGGCAGAACAGAAGGCUUCAUUUUGCCACCUUUUUUAUGAGUGGAGUGCAGGGUUGAGAGGGAAAAGUCUUGAUUUCAUUACAGCGUUGACUGAGGGCCUCCCUUCCGUGGGUUUGUGAUGCAGGAGGUGUCCCUGGGGCCUCACCAGCAGCUGCUCUGGGAAGUUGAGAGCCAAAUAACCCAAUUUCUGAGAUGGGGAUUUCAUUCCCCAUCUUCAUGUAUCCUGUGGAGGCAGCCGAUUUUCAGCUAGUAAAGGAAACCAAAUUUGUUUGUCAUACAUAUAUGUAAAUUUUUAUACAUGAGACUUCUCAUCUCCAGAAUUCACUGUGUUUUGCAAAGUAAAUCUUUGUUUUUUCAAUAAAGCAAUGUCACAUCUGAGACAAAAGAUCCCAGUCCUGACUCUGAUAAACUUUAUAAGGUGUGUAAAAGGAUUGAGUUCUUCAUCAGGCAUUGAAUGCUUGCCUGAAAAGCAAAGGGAAGUAGCAGUUGAUCAAGCCUAUUAAACAGCAUUGAAAUAAUAUUAAAAAAUACUAAAAAAUAUUUAAACUGUACUUGAAAAUGGGGUAAAUGGGAGAGAACAGCAUUGGGUUUCAAGAAAAUGCUUUUCUAUCUCAAUUUCCAAGCUGCAUGGUCUAACCACCACUAUGCUACUGAUUAUACAAUGCCUUUUACAAAUACAUUUUCUAAAAACCCUAAACUGAAAAAUACCUGACACACAUUUCCAAAGUUGCCUGUCCAGUGUAGUGAAGUUUUCAGUCAGCACCAGUUUUCUCACAAAUCGAGAGGAUGAAAGCUCUGCUUACCUGGUCUAAGUCUGCAGGCUUCCAAAUCGGAUUAAGAACCUUUGGAGAGGUGGGGGGAAAAAAAAAAUCAAUCCACUGUGUAAGUUUGGGGUUCAAAAUUCAAUGUGGCAUAGAUGAUGCUAUGUCAAUAAACAACUUGCAGGUCCAGUAUAGAAUAUUACUCACUGCAAGCACGUUCUGAUUGGAUUCUUUAAAGCUGAUUUAAAAGGUUUAUUGUAUUAAAUACUACAACAGGGAUACCUCGCUUCCUGAUAAAGAGAGUAAUGGCAGAUCAUAUCUUUUUAAUUUCUGAACACAGUAGAUUAUUAUGAAUGUCAUUAAUUUGCUUUGAUGUAUUUUUGCAAAGAGGAAAAAAAGGAUAUGAAAAAAAGAAGUUGAAGAACAAGAAUAUUAAUGAAAGGUGGGGGCAGGAAUAAUGCUUCUUGUCACAUGCCUGGCUUUCCUGUUUGGGGUUUAAGAAAGUCUGGCUAUUAGGAUGUGGAUUAGUGGAAGAUUCAUUCUUCUUCCUGAUGUAGGUCAGACAUUGGCUGACAUGUGGUGAAGAAAAAGCCUGAUUUCCCCAGCAGCAAGUGGGAACAGGAGCUCUGCUGACUUUGGAACAGAGCACCAGACAGAAUGAGUGGUUCUGAUGUCCCGUGUGCUAAUGCAACAGAUUUGAAAUGUAUGAGUAAUGAAGGCUUCAUGCAGAAGAGUCUCUGCUCAGUGUGGGGCCACGUUAAUGCUUUUUUAAAAAGCAGCUCAGUUCCUGAGUAGCCCUUUGUGAGAAGUCAUUUGUCCAAGUCAGAAAAAGGAACCGGCAAUGUUCCGGAACGUGCACGAGAGGAGUGUGCCCAGCAGAGCCUAUUCACUGGAGCCUGACUUUAAUUUCAUGCUAAGAGAGGCUGUUUGCAGAAUGGAGGAGACAGUGAGAAAUCUGCUGCAGAGCCAAGGAUCCCCAGGCCAGCAUGGAGAAGGAACUGUCAAUAUCAUGAAGGUAUAUCAGGAAAAGCUGUCAGAAGACAGUAGGAGAUGUAAAGAAGGUGUGGAAAAAAUUCGCACACAGGCAGAUGAAGAUUCAAGAAGUGAAAGCAGCAGCACUGAGGAGGAAAAGGAAAAAACAAAAUUGCUCUUGGAGCGUUUGAAAGCUCUGGAGGCAGAGAAUUCAGCGCUGGCUCUGGAAAAUGAAAACCAGAGAGAACAGUAUGAAAGAUGUCUCGAUGAGGUAGCUAAUCAGGUUGUUCAGGCUCUACUCACUCAAAAGGGUCUGAGGGAAGAAUGUAUAAAGCUGAAAAUGAGAGUUUUUGAUCUGGAACAACAGAAUCGAACUUUAAGUGUGCUUUUCCAGCAGAAAGUCAAACCAGCUUCUGACCUCCUCCUUCAGAAACUCCAUUCACGCAUCUUGGACCUCUCCUCUGGGGAUUUGCUUUCGGAAGUAGAACGAAACCGAGGCCUGGUGCAAGCUCGAAGUGCUGAUGCUCAGAUGCUCGAAUGCCAGCAGAAUGUGAAAUCCAGCAUACCUGUCUUGAAAUGCCAGAGUCAAUUAAAUAUGACAGGCUCUAGCCGCCUGUAUCCUCGGAGCAGUUGCAGUAGCAGUGAACUCUCCCUCUCGAGUGCUUGCAGUGAAUAUUCCAGUGGUUCCUCCUACACUUGGAAUGAUGGAAAGACAAGCAAAAGGUCAUCCGUGAGAUGGGAUAAAAGAAUAAGCAUUGGUUCUUCGCUCCCAAGCAACCUCUCAAGUCCUGCAGAUGAUCUACCUCCAACUCGUAUCAAGGAAAACCAUAUCUUAGAAGGGCUGAAAAAAUUGCAGGAGCAAAAAAUACUACUUGAACCACCUUCAGUAAUAUCCAAAUGGGGUUACAAAGAUUGCAUGAACUCCAAUGAAGGCAUAUAUUCCCCUGGAAUUAAGUGUGGCAGCCAUAAUGAACAGAGUCACUGUAAGCCAAUGGAGAUGGGAAGUGUUUGCAUUGAACACAACAAAACUUUCACUUAUGAUUCAGAUUCCCAUGAUGAUGCAGAUGAUGACUCUUCAUCCUUACUGUUGCUGCAGGAAGUUCCAAGCAAAGAUUGCAGGACCUAUUGUAACAAAUUAACUCAUAGCAUUUCUGACAGUCUCUUUGACUGGGAUCCUAACAGGAAACAUUUGCCAGAAAGAAGUUCAUUUUUUAAUUCAAAGGAGAGACCUGAGAAAUUGACUAGUUUUGUCAGUGGAUUUCAGGCAGAAGUAAAAUCAUGCACCAGAGCAAAGCUGCCUGAGUUACAGUUAAAUCAAAGCCAUUCUAAUAUGGGCUGGAAGGACUUUAAUUUUCAGCUUUCAGACACUGAUGACAAUGAAGUCUUAGAUGAAUUGCAUAUAGAAAGCAGUGAUGAGAAAAGUCCCUCAGAUUUAUUUGCAACUCCCUUUCCAGAGAAGUAUACAAAGACCUCUGACUUGCUCAAAGUCACAGAGAAUUCUCAGUCUGUAUCUACUGACAAAGAAGAGAACCAGAUACCUGUUCACCCAGACAUUAGGCCGAAGCCAUGCAAUUUCAUUAAACAGCAAAAGGUUAUAAAGAAGACCUCUUCUGAAGAGUGCAUUACCGUAAUAUACGAUGCUAAGGAUGGUGAGCCAAUAGAAUUCAGCUCACAUCAAACUGGAGUUGUCACUGUAACAAGAAAUGAGAUUUCAAUCAACCAGCCACAAGCUAUGUCCAGUGCAGAAUACACUGAACUUAUACCUCAGGGAAGAACUGGUACGCAGCCAGGACCCAAUGCUAGAAACUACACUGCUUCAGAAAGACAGGAAGACGAAACUGGGAAAAAUACUCCUGAAGAUAAUACAGGGAAUAAAAAUACAGCUGUCCCCCUGACCUGUGGUGAAUCUUCACGCUGUGGAAGGGUGACACAGCAAAAUGCUUCACGACAGAAACUAGUGAAGCCAGUGUAUGAUGCAUCAUGCAAGGCCAAUUCAAGCUCCACUGUGCAUGCAGGAAUCAAUCAAAAGCCAAAUGUAACUAAAAUACCCAGCAGAGGUAAAUUUUCUCCCCAAGAAACUCUAAUGACUGAGAGUGGGGAGACACCUGUAGCUCUGUCAGUGGGCCCCACAGCCCUUGAGAAAUCACCUGCUCUUCCACCUGUAAAGCUUUCAAGAUUCAAAAAGGCUCAAAGCCCACCUCGUCAUUUUGAUUCAAAAGUAGAAUUUCAGGUUCCAAAGCCCCCUGCCCACGCCCUCCCUGACUUGAAACGUCCUGGCAGAGGAGAUGGGUCAAAGUAUCCAAAGAAUCAGUGUCCAGCAUCACCACUGUUGCCUCAGCACCUUAUAGAGCCCAGUAGCUAUGGGGAACCUCCAACCAGAGACUUUCAUUGUGAUUUAGCUACUGUAGAACCCCGGUCUCCAUCCCCACCCCUUCCUCCAGGCAGGUCAACAUCCCUGUUGAUUCGGCCUAAUUAUGCUAAUUCUCCACCUCUAGCAGUAAAGUUAGGAGGAGCUGGUCCCACUGAAACAGCAAAAAAUGUACUGAAAUCAUCUCCAUUAAAAGGAGCUGUGAACUCUGGCUUUCAUAAUCAAUCUGGUCAUGAAAUGCAAGCAAAAAAUGUAUCUUCUGGGGCCAAAAUUGAAUUAUCUUACCUUCAAGAAAAUGCAGAAGGAAUUAUGCAAAACAAAUGCACAUCUCAGCAAUCCCACAGUGCAUGCCAAGGACUUUCCAAAGUUUCCACAAAGCAGGUCUGCCCAAAAAGCCCUAAUCAGGUGGGUCUCCACAGGAAUCGUGAGUAUUCCAGCACAGAUUUUCAAACAGCCAGGUCCUUUUCUCUAGGCUGUCCAUCACUGGAAACAACUCCUUCACAAGACACCAAUUCCAGAAAAAACAAUAUUUCCAGUGACAGUGGGUUGGAUCAGCUACAAAAGAUGCCAGACAUUCUCCCCACAACUCCUCGAUGUCAUACGAUGAGCACAAGUGAGCCUCUGCUAUCUCAGGUAAACAAUUUCCCGUCAACGCCGCUUCAUGCCGGUGAUGCUGCGCACGCCUCUCAAAACUCUAAUGAGAAAGGAAUGAAAACCCGUCUCCCUGUAGGGCUGAAAUUAUUUGUCAAAUCUCCCCAGCUUCUCCGCAAGAGCUCUACUGUACCAGGGAAGCAGGAAAAAGACAGUAUAAAUGCAGCUUCCAAAAGUAAUGGCAGUUCCAGUAAGUACAAGCAAAGUGAGGCGCUGUGCGUAAGCACCAAAGGUGCAACGGAUGCGGAAUUAAAGGACUCCAGGUCUGAUGCUGAAGUGAAAAAUAAUUGUGCUGUGGGACUUAGUAUGGAUACAGCAUCAGCUCAUUCACAUGAAAGCUGCACCUUGGUGGUAGACAGAGGAGAUGGAUUGGAAAACAAAUUAGUUAAGAGGUCUGUUUCUUCUGGCAACAAGUCGCACUUGAAGCCAGCUCUGGGCAUGAACGGAGCGAAAGCUCGUAGUCAGAGUUUCAGUGUUCACACAGGGGAGAAGCCAUCUGCCCCUGUGACUGAAGGUCCCGGGAAAGUACGAACUCAGAUUAUUACAAACACUUCUGACAGAGGGAAUUCUCUAACGAGGCAGAACUCAGCCAUGGAAGGGCUUCAGAUCAAGGCUACUCCUGGGACAGCAGUGACACCAGAAGCUCUUUUAUAUACUACUAAACCCACAGAAAAUUCUUGUCCUAGACAAGGCUCUCUUGGAAAUGUGAGUAGUUGCAAUAGCCAGCAUGGAAGCCCAAGCAAAUUGCCCUUCAGAUCAUCUCAAAAAGUAGACCAGUUUCACAGCACUUCAAAAUGUGAUGGAAGCAAACCAUUUUCUCAGAAAGAGGCACGCAGUCUAUCUGUGCAGAGUGAGAAAAGCACUGAAAGCUUUAAGCAUGAAGCUCUAGGUAAAAAAAGUGUUCUGUCAGCAGAACUGGAGUUAGAAGCCUCGGCUAUUGUAUCUUCCAAACAAAUUUUGUCCUUCCAAAGCUUUGAUGGAGUAAAGUGUCCUCAUAAACUGGAAGCAACAAGGUCACGAAGACAGCAAAUGUCUUUAAAAUUAGCAGAAACCUCUGAGAAGGUCAAUGAUCUUUUGAGUUCUCCAUCUCUGCAACCUACAAUAGAGGAGAAAGUCAUGUUGUGCAUUCAAGAAAAUGUGCAAAAGGGUCAGGGACAAACCAAAUCCCCCACUGUGGAGGCUAAGCAAAAGACUGGGCCUUCUAUAGCCAGUUGGUUUGGCUUCCGAAAGAGUAAGCUCCCAGCACUGAGUAGCAGGAAGACUGAUGUUCCUAAAACAAAGGUGGAAAAAAAGGAUACAAAAGUUUCAGGAUUUGGAAUUAAGCAGGCAAAAUUAGAGAGAAGAAAAGAAAAGAAGAAAACUGAGCAGCACUGUGAAAUAGAAAAUCAAAUUAACAGGAAAGCUGACAAUGGUGACAUUUUAGCCAUGGAAAACAAAAUUGUGAAGUCUCCCCAAGAGUCUCCUGGUGAGAUUGAGUGUGAACAAGUCAGAGGUUCUACCACAGCUGCCUACUCACCAAAAGACAGCUUCAUGAGAGAGCUUUUAAACAGAGUUGAUAAGAAAGCAGCUCAGCAGACAGAAAGUGGAUCAAAUAAUGUUUCCUACAGGAGUGUGUCGAAGGGCAGCUCCCAGGGCUCCUCUCUUCACAGCAACUCUAUCAGCUCUCAAGGAAACCACAGGAAAAACAGCAACACUAAAGCUGAUAUGGAAAUGCAGAAUCAGACCCUGGCUAAAGUAGUCACAGAAAACCUGCAAGAAGAAGAGGAGGACACCAUGACAAGGACUACAUGUCAGAGUCAUGUGAUAGAGUCUUGCUGCCAGAUGAGGACACUGGACAGCGGGAUUGGAACCUUCCCCCUCCCCGACUCGGGGAACCGAUCGACGGGGAGACACAUUUCUAAGCAAGAAUCACCCUUGGAAACGGGAAUCUUUGCAGCAGCUGAGCAAGUUCCUCUUUCAGCUCCUUCAGUAAAAGCCAAAACUCUUGAGCGAGAAGUGCCUUCAGCAGCGAAGAGCCAGGAGUCUGUGGAAAGUGUAAUUAGUCACUCAACAUCUGAUCCGGCCAUGACUGCCAAAGGGAUACGACCUUUUCAAAGUCGCCUUCCCAAACCAGCUUCCUCAGGAAUAAUUAACCUUGCAAAGCAAAGUGAACAAGAAGCAAGUUCUGUGACCUCUGCCUCAUUAGAACAUGCCGAAGAGACUGUAGAAAAUAGAGAAGUUCUUCCAGAGUGGACCCCCAAGAAAACUACUAAACCAAAGGACACAGCUCUAAGGGUGUGCACGUACUCAGCGAGCAGCACUGACAGUGAGCCAGAGCCAGAGUACAAAACCAGUUAUUUCAGAACUGCAGAGGAGACUCUUGUGGAGUUAACAAAGAGCAACAGACAAGCUGUGCAAGAAAAACAAAGUCAGAGAAGGUCGUUUUUGGGGAACCCAAUGUCAAUUUUGGAUUUAUACCAACACAGUCUCUAUGGCCAUUUUGGAGAGGAUGGGCCUGAAAAAUUAGCCCAGUACAGCUUAAUUGAGCAGCUGAGUGGAGCUUCCAGUAAAGACAGCAAGACCAAGGAGAGCCCAAGUAAAUUGAAGCAAACUGAAGGAACAAAAGAAGAUUCCCAGAAUAGAGUAUCUAAAAUUUCCCUGGAGUCUCUCAAUAAAUUUAACAGCAAUAAUGUACUUUUAUUGGAAAAAGAGAAGAACUGUCUGAACAAGGUUGAAGGACAGAAGGAAGAAAAUGGAAAGAAAGAAGCAGCUUCCUUGAGUAGCUCGGGUCGGCAGGAUGUGGACAAUUUGGAAUCCCUGAGUGAUUCUCUGUAUGACAGCUUCUCCUCUUGUGCCAGCCAAGGCUCCAACGACGUUUAGGGACACUUCCCAGCAGGCUGCAGCACGGAGUGGAGCUGAAGGUGAGCGUGGAGUGAGGAGGGAGAGGAGACUGUGCUUGACAAUUCCCCCUGGAGCUCGCUGUGCUCACAUCAGGGUGCUCUGACCUCCCACCACACAGCAAUAAGGCAGGGCGGCAUCACGGUGGUGCAGGGGACUCAACGCACCCAACACAACGAAUACACAGAAUAAAGUCUUAAUUUUGCACUUUUGUGAAUAUUUGUACAGUUGUAAAUACCUUGGGAAAAUAUAUUUGUAGGGAUACACGACAGCAAUAAAUAUUAAAUUGGUGCUAUGCUCCUGUAAUGGCAGAUUACUAACUUAAAGAAAUUGGUGUGAAUAUUAACAAGAAAAGCUAGUAGAUUUUUUUAAAAAGAGUUAUAAUUGUCCUAGUCUUAAAACUGUAUGUAGAAGCACUGCAUUACCAUAAACUUGAGCCUGCCAGACUGUCUUUAAUAAACUCUCAUGGACUCCCUUUUAGAAAACAUACUCUAUUUUUUCUUUUCAGUGCAAUUCUAUACAGGUAUUCUAGGGAAACAUGCAUUUGAGUUAUUACAACUUCACAACAGGUGUCUUAUUUCAAAAGGGUUUUGACUUUUGACAUGGCAAGAAAAUGAAUAGAUUAAAAGGCCUGAUACUGCUGGCGUUGGCUUCAUCAAUCAUGCACAUAACUGUUUGAAAGAUCAGGGUCAAAGCAAUUCACUGCUGACACAAACAGGAGUCCUGUAGGAAUGAGAACCACAUAAACCACCCUGUACUUCUGACUGCAACGUGGCUUUUCAACUUCCACCUCAUCUGUACUGUACUCAUUUCCCAUCAAAUUAUAAAUGUACCAUACUGUGUUAUCUUUUGUAGUCUCUGUUGGGUCUUAAGUAAAUUCUGAACACUAAAAUUAUUUUUAAAAGAAAUAAAACAACUCCUGUUUGUGAUACACUAAGAUGUUGGUGCUAACCAGUACUAGUUCAAACAUAUCUUGGAGCAGGGGGAUUGGGCUGUAUUGGGUGUUUUUGUUUUUUUCUACAAAGGUUGUUUAUAUGUAAGGGAGAGUCUAUUUCAAAGGUUCUGUGUAUUUUUUCUAGAUGUGAAGUAUUUAUAACUGCUUUUUGUACAGCAAUUGUAAACUAGAUAUAUUUGGGGUAUUUCUAGACUCUACAGUUUCUUUAGCACAUGCUUGUUAAUCUUUGACAUAUUGUAUGAUCAGUGUUACUAUUUUGUGCAAUUUGUUAUAUUUUAAUUCAUUUCUGCCGUAAAAUUGCAUCGUCUUUUUCAACUUUAAAGAAAUUUUCAUUGAAACGUCUUUCGUAAAUAAAACUUCUCUUGCCUA